CUUUUGGUAAACUAUAUCCUUGAUUCCUGUCACACAAUACCAUGUGAGAAUUUCCUCCUACUACUUUACUCUGAAAUAAAGAACUACUGGCAAAAAUCUUUGAUGCUGAGCAUGUUUGGUCUAUGUGGAGAGGAAAUGAUAAGAUGACAAAUAAUAUUUUAAAAGCAUUGUCUAACUCAUGUAGGUCACCUUGAGGAGAUCAGCCUGGGGUGAAGAAAGGUUUCAGAAUGGCAGAACUCACAGCUGAGAAUGGUAGCAGCAUUGACUGGCAGAAACGAUGUCUUGCAUUAGAGACACAGCUCUUCAAAUUCCGUCUGCAAGCUAGUAAGAUCCGGGAGUUGCUAGCUGAGAAGAUGCAAGAACUGGAACAAAGAGUGGUUGAGGCAGAACAGAGAGCCCAAUGUGCAGAAAAACAGGUUGAAAUCAUGGAAGAGAAGUUGAAACUUGCCAACAUGAAAUCAAGUGAGUCCAGUGAACACAAGAAACAUCAGAAGCUGGUGAGCAGCAUACAACAAAAGGAUGAACUGAUAAAGAAAUUGCAGACACAGCUGGAAAACCAGAAGCAGCUGAGAGCAGAUGAAGCUAGAAUUGUUCAAGAAAAAGCUGCCAAAAUUAAAGAGUGGGUGACUGAGAAACUAAGAGAGCUGGAGCUAGAAAACCAUUACCUCAAGAGUUGCAACCAGAGGCUGAUGGACCAGAUCAAAGCCCUACAAGAAGCACUGCAGAAUUUGAUGACUGUCCCUGCUGAAGAAUCUGUUUCCCGCCAUAAUGUCCAGCUGCUUCGAGACCCCUUGUCAUGCCUUCUUGAGAAUUCAAGACAGGAUUCCAGGCUUCUUGCAGUAGACAUUGAACAGGCCUACCAGGGCAUGUCCAUGCAAGGUGUUCCUUAUAUAGCAAGUGUGGUGUUUAUGGAUGAUUCCUGCAUAGCAAGAGAGGCUGACAAAUCAGUGCCUUCUCAGAGGUCACUGAGGCUCAUUCCUGACUCCUCAGACUACAAUAACUCUUCAGUGAAUGACUUGGUCUCCACAGGACAUGCCCAAAUUCGCCCAACUUUAUCAAAACAUCAAGAGACUGUGAAAUUUCAUGGCACUUUAGCUUUUCACUCUCCUCUGGAGGAACUGCAGAGCUCCAUCAGUCCCUCAGACAAGACAGUAUCUGACCUGUACAAGCCCUUAGAUGAGCUGAAUAGUGAGCUCAGCACUCAUAGGUGGAAUUUAUCUUCCUCUGAGGAAAUCAAAACUGCCCUUAAUCAGUCUAUCUCAGCAGCAGUUCCAGCCCUGAAGCUGCCAAAAUCCAUCAUUUCAAUGCCCUCCAAUUUUGCAGGGAGGAAAGAUGGACUAGGUAACAGCAUGACUCUCCCCAAAGUUCAGAUCCCUAGCAAUCCAAGGGACAGCAUUCUGCUAGCCAAGAGGCAUUAUAGCCAACCACAGUCAAGAGCUGAUUGUCUCCAUCAUGUGGUGAACAUUGAAAUCAGCACAUUUCAGCCUGUAAGAGCUUUUGCUCAAUGCCAGGGACAGGUGGAAGAAACAGAUAUUGAUGAAGAGGUAGCAGAGAAAAUGGACGUGGAAGCCUGCCUGGUGGAAGAAGCAGGAAUGGAGGAAGUGGCUCAUCAGUCUUCUUGUUCAAGGAAGCAGACAGGAACUUCUGAAACCAGAGUAAUGGACCCAGGAGGCAAACCACCCACCCCUCCAUUGCACAGAUUUCCAUCUUGGGAGAGUCGGAUCUAUGCAGUUGCCAAAUCUGGCAUGAGACUUUCAGAAGUGGCUUCUGAGAGUGACUCUUCCAACCAGACUUCAAAUGCACAAAGUUGUUUACACCCUGGGUCAUUCACCUGCCAUAUUUACCGAAAUGUCACAGUGCCUGUCUACUCCGUGCUAAAAGGGAAAGCCACCCAAAUCAGCAACGUUCCUUUCUUAGAUGAGUCUUCAGGCUCUGAUGAUGACUGCAGCUCCCAUGCUAGCUUCAGAACCUCCAAUGCAGGAUCUGAACCCAAAAGGUCAAGCAUGCCAGGCAGUCCCCGCGCAGUAAAACGAGCAGGCAUCUCUAUGUCUUCACUAAGCUCAGAGAGUGACUAUGCCAUCCCUCCUGAUGCCUACUCCUUGGAUGAAGACUAUUCUGAACCAGAGCACAAAUUGCAGCGGACAUCAUCCUAUUCCACUGAUGGGGGGGUUUAUUCUCAACCACUAGAGAAAUCUGGCUAUUUGCUGAAAAUGGGUAACCAGAUAAAAGCAUGGAAGAGACGAUGGUUUGUUUUGAGAAAUGGACAGAUCAUGUAUUAUAAAUCCCCGAGUGAUAUCAUCUGCAAGCCCCAGGGGCAGGUUGAAUUGAAUUCUUCUUGCCAGAUCUUAAGAGGUGAAGGAUCUCAGACAUUCCAGCUCAUCACUGAAAAACGAACCUACUUCCUGACAGCUGACUCCCCCAAUAUCCUGGAGGAGUGGAUUCGUGUCCUUCAAAGCAUCCUGAAGGUGCAAGUGACCAGUCCUACUGCAAUCCCUCUCAGGGACGCCAAACCCACUGUGAAGGGCUGGCUCACCAAGGUGAAACAUGGACACUCCAAGCUGGUUUGGUGUGCACUGAUUGGAAAAACUUUUUACUACUAUCGAAAUCAUGAAGACAAGUGCCCCCUGGGUCAUCUGCACAUGCCUGAAGCAAAAGUGGAAGAAGUGGAUCGCUCCUGUGAUUCUGAUGAAGAUUAUGAGACUAAUGGUGGGGGCCUUCUGUCUUCACAUUGCACCCUGGUCCUUCACCCUCCAGAGCAGAGUCCUACCUACUUACUCAUUGGUACUAAACAGGAGAAGGAUGCCUGGUUGUACCACCUGACAGUUGCAGCAGGUGGCAGCGGUGGGGGCACAAAUGUCGGUAGUGUAUGUGAGCAACUCAUCGGGAAGCUGCUGGAUGUAGAAGGAGACCCAAAUUCUCCUUUGUGGAAGCACCCUAUACUGUGUCACAGCAAGGAUGGGCUGCAGACCUCCCUAACAACUCUUCCCUCCAAAGCACUGCAGACAGAGGCCCUGAAACUCUUCAAGUCUUGCCAGCUGUUUAUCAACGUCCCUGUGGAAGCUCCAUCUGUUGAUUAUCAUGUGACACUAGCUCAGACGGCGCUCCAGGUCUGCCUGACGCACAGUGAGCUACAGAAUGAAAUCUAUUGUCAGCUGAUGAAACAGACCAGAGAGGCCCAGAAUCACGCCGUCCUGCAGUGCUGGCAGUUACUGGCUCUUUGUGUCCCUCUCUUCUUGCCUCAGCACCAUUUCCUUUGGUUUCUUAAGCACCACCUGCAGCAGCAUGCGGACCCAAAGAAUGAAAUAGGCAAGUAUGCCAUCUACUGUCAGAGAUCAAUGGAGCAUACUUUGAAAGCUGGAGAGCGAGAAGCCAGACCAUCCCGAAUGGAGGUCGUGUCCAUUUUACUGAGGCAUCCCUACCACCACUCGCUCCCCUUCAGUAUUCCAGUUCACUUCAUGAAUGGAACCUACCAGGUGGUAGGCUUUGAUGGUUCCUCAACUGUGGAUGAGUUCCUGCAGCGGCUGAACCAGGAGACAGGAAUGAGGCAGCCCUCCCUCUCUGGGUUUCACCUCUUUACAGAUGAUCCUUCAGGCAGAGAUCUAGAAUAUUGCCUGCAAGGCACCAUGAAGAUCUGUGAUGUCAUUUCAAAGUGGGAGCAAGCUUUGAAAGAACUGAAUCCAGGAAAAUAUGAAGGUGGCACAAGAAUAGUGAAACUAACCUAUAAAAACAGAUUGUACUUUCGAAGCCAAGCAAAAGGUGAGACAGAGCGAGAGCGCUUGCUGCUGGCUUUCCAGAUAAGUGGUGAAAUAGCCCACGGGAGAUUCCCUGUCAGUAAAGAGCUUGCUCUGGAAAUGGCAGCUUUGAUGGCUCAGGUGGAAUAUGGGGAUUUGGAUCGGCCAGUGCCAUUAAGCUCCGGGGGCUCAUCCCACUCCAAAAUGCAACAUCUCCUUCAGCAGGUCCUGGAUAAAUUCUAUCCCAAGCGCUACAAAUGCAGUAUGACUCCCAAACAGCUGAGGCGAUUGGCUGACCAAUUGACUACAAAGUGGAUGCUGCUGCAGGGAUGCUCUCCGCAGGAAUGUGUCCGGAUCUAUUUGACUGUCGCUCGGAAAUGGCCCCUCUUUGGAGCCAAACUAUUUCCUGCCAAGCCUGUUCUACCUUCUUCUUUGGAAGACUCCAUUUUAUGGAUAGCUGUGAAUGAAGAUGGAAUCAGUAUACUGGAAUAUAAUACUUUGCACCUAAAGGUGACUUACUCGUACUCCUCUGUACUGACCUUUGGAGGCUGCCGUGAUGACUUUAUGGUUGUCAUCAGUCACGUGAAGGACAGGUGUUCUGGUAAAGCCAGGCCUGAAAAACUACUUUUUACGAUGGCUGCUGUAAAGAUUGUGGAGGUGACGCUCCUUAUUGCAAGCUACAUUAACUGCUCUUCAACAUCACCACACCUGCCUCCUGUGGCACCUGCUCCAUGUGUCAGUCCUUCUAAGAAGAUCAUGGAACUGGAAAGCAGGUCUUUUUUUCCUUCCCUACUGCGGACCACUAAGGGGCCUACACUGCUGUAAGGACCACUGCAAGUGCCUUGAGAAGUUGUCUUCCACACUGUGAAUUGAAACCUGCUGUGAAUUCACUGGUUAUAUGCCUGGUUAAUCAGGCAGACACCAGGCCUACCUCCUUGGUGCACUGCAGCAUUCUUAGAGGGUUUGGAGCCAAACACCCUUAAAAAUUAAUUGCUGAGCCAGGAGAAUGUUUUGAGCAAUUUGGGUAACUGUUUUUCAGAUGAUUUUUGUUUCCACUAUUUUCUGCCUUAAUAUGUGCAUUGCCUCCAGCAGCUAUCCAGUCAUGUCCUCAAUGUCAGUUCUUCAAAUGGCUCCAUAGCAUUGCAUUGAAGCUGUAGAUUUAACAACCUGUUUACAUAUUAGGGUUGCUGUCUUUAGCUUCUUGUCCUCUAGAUACUGCAUUAUGUCUCAGACAACACUCUCUACUCCUAGAAUUUUCAUAUUAAUUUAUACAAUAACUGGGAAUCCUUUAUCUCCUUACUACUUGUAUGUUUCUCAGCUAUUAAUUCAUUUUUUUCCUGAACAUGUACACAUCUCCUUUCAAGUGGCAAACUUCUCAGGUAACUUGAUUUUGGAUAGUCAUCUCUUAAUUCCCUGACAUUGCUUUCUGUCUCUUCUACACAGCCUUAUGAAAACAGAACUGUUUAUCUAAAAUCCUGGUUUUCCCCAAACAUUUUCUUUCCUUAUCUCAUCCCCUGGAGGCAGGGUGUAAUCCUAUUGCACCCUCAGAUGCACAUACCACCCUGGCCCCGGAAGCGCAUGAGCAUCCAGCAACAGGAUUGCAGGAUCUCAGAGCUAGGACUCUGAAGAAUCCAAUGGCCUCCCAGAACAAUGCAUUUUUUGCUGCAUUCCUCUUACCUUUACUUGAAAUCCAGUGCGUUAUGAGAACAAGAUCCUGCAAUCAUAUACUGCUUGCAAUGGAUGCUGAGAGUAUUGUGAGUGUCAAACCUACUGAAUCACAGACUUUACACAAUUUAGUGGGCAGUUACUAAAGUGUGUGUGUGUGUGUGUGUGUGUGUGUGUGGGGUUACUAGAGUAUACAUUGUUGCCUUUUUAACAACAGCUGAGGGAGAAGCAGUUGCUGGAUUAGGUGCUUUCCCCAACAUAAAGGACUUUUGUACCUGAUUUUCAUAAACUAUUAGACUGGUUGAGAAUAGUUGGGUGGAGUACUAGAAAACUGUUGCUUUUAAAGAGCCUUAGGAAAUGAAAUAGCCAGAGAAAGGGUUUUCCCCCAGUGUAUGUGAGUUCUGUGCCAGAUUUUCACAAGCAUUCCAUUUAGUACUUCAAGGCUGGAAAAACUGAAUUCAAAGAACUGGAGAUAAAUUAACGUAUGGACCUCCAACCCAUCAAGGAAUUUCUUCUGCUUCCACAGUUGUUCUAUUUUUUUCCAAAGUAUAAUGAACAUCUUGCCCAUAAAUUCACUGAUAAGGGCAAUUUUUCCCAUAGUAUGAGAGAGAGGUAUUCUAAAUUUUUCACAUUUAUACCUCUUUCUGCCUUUGUUUAUUAAUGCCCGAGUCAAAUUGGAUUGCAUAUGCUACAUAACUAUGAAGCCCAAGGUGGUGCCAACAUUUUAACUGAGCCUGUGAGGGGCUUGUUGAGGGAAGCUGCAAAAUGCAUCUCUGGUCCUUGGGCUACAGUCUGAAGAGGCUUGAAGAAUACAGGAAAAUUGGCCCUUCCUACUUUAAUGGCUCAACCAAAAAUUGAAAAUAGUCUCAAAUUGCAGCACUAUUCCAAUUAAAAAAAAAAAAAAAGAAUGACAAUGCCCAAAGUCAAAUGUUGUGAGUGGGUGGGUGGAUGUAAGGAGAGAACAAUGCAUAUAGAAUUAGGCAGUUGUACAUUCAAGUGUUGUAGCAGAAACUAGUGUGAACAUAAAUAAACAUUAUUACAUUGUUGUAUAAAUAACCAAUUUUAUUUUAAAGUGCCACACAAGGGACAGCCAAGAACAUGCAGUAAAGUUUAGGAAAUGCAUGAUGUGGUGAUGCCAUAUUAUGAUCAGUUUUGUAUGGCUUAAACAAAACUAUAGCACAAGCUGGGGCCCAUUUGUUUAAUUAGCCAUCCCAUUUGGUUGGGUUGAGUAUUGUUUAACCCUCCAACAAACCAUGACACAAGUAAUUCUGAACACCGAGGAUGUAAAUCAGACUGAGAAACUGGAAAUGAGAGUUACAAGGAUGAUCACAUAUCUAGAAGAAGAUUCAGUAAAAAAAAAUGCUGAAGGAACUAGGUAUAUGCUGAAGGAACUGGGUAUGUGUAACAAAAAGAAAACUAAGGCUGCAGUCUAAUGCACUUUUAUGUGGGAAUAAGCCCCAUUAAUUGGUGAAUUUACUUCCAAGUAAACUUGCAUAGGACCAAGCUACAUGAUUGUUAUACUGACAAUUUUAAAGUUAUUUGCAGCAUGCACAAAAGACGUGUGAAAUCAAUUACACGUUACAUGCACCAAGAACAUGAAAUGUGGGUCAGGGCUAUAGAAAGAUGAAUUCAGCUUAAAUAUUUGGAUAAGGAUGAUAAGAGUAGUAGAGAUAAGAAAAGCUCAGCAAUAGAGCAACUGGCCUAGAGUGUAUCUGGGCUGUCUUCAAGGAAAACUGGACCAUAUAAGUGAGCGAUACUUAA